AUGGCGCCCCAAGACGGAGACAAAGAGAUGGCUGCCGCCGAAGUUCAUGGCGCCCCAAUCACCGACUUGGACAAGAAAUUUGAGCUGUGGGAUGUGCUCAGCAUGUCGGCUGCCAGGUUUCCUGAGAGGACCGCGCUCAUAUCGAUGUGGCAGCGCGCCGAUGCUCGUGACAGCGCGACGAACAACAAGCCCCCCGAAGGCUCGGAAUGUGUGAGGUGGACUUUUGCCGACUUACACAAACGAGCUAUGGUCCUGGCCCACGACCUUACCAUGCUCGGUUGCCAGCGGGGCAUGAACAUGGCUGCGAUUUUCUGGAACUCAGCGGAAUGGGCCUUGUUUUUCUGGGCAGCCGCCAAAGUCGGCAUGGUCUAUGUCCCAAUCGACAGCCGUGGUGGCGAGGACAUGCGAUGCAUCCUCGCAACAUUGAAUCCUCAGGUGCUGGUGGUUCAAAACGCAGACGUGGCACGUUUGCUUGAUCUCGGAGACGGCCAGAAAAAUGUUCCAGAGGUCCUGAUUGAUUGCUCCGGAGACUCGAAGCCCCAUGAAGGUUGGAUGGUCUUUGAUGGAGUGAUUUUCAAGGACGGCCGGGGCAGUCGUGUCGGCACAGCUGUUGCGGGCCUGAAAGCUCGCCAGGGUCCUGGAGAAACGAAAAGAACGCCGUACGAAGCAGCUCUCAUAAUCUUCACGAGCGGCACGACGGGAAUUCCGAAGGGAUGCAUCCACACGAGCCGCAAUCUCAUCGCCCAGACAUUCGACUACGAUCCGAAUCCCCCCGAGCACGUCGACAAGUGGGUUGUCCACACUCCUGUGUCGCACAUCUUUGCCAUCAACAACGCCUUGCGGGCAUGGCGCACCGGAUCGUCAGUUGUCCUCCCUUCGAAGUCUUUUGAUGUUGCCGCAACUGUCCGCGCGCUGGUGCAAGAACAAUGCACCGUCAUGUCCGCCACACCUACACUGGUGCGAGCUCUCCUCGCGCACAAGGACUUUCCAAGCGCUGACGAUCUCAACCUCUCCAUGGUCACCAUCGGCGGCACGGCCAUAAGCGACAAGGACAUCCGCCUUUGCCUCCAGGGACUCGGCGCAGAUCACGCGAUCCAAGCGUAUGGGAUGAGCGAGGGGGCACCUCUCGUUAGCUGGAAGCGUUGCGACCCGCUGCUUGCCAAUGGAUACCACCCAGGUGUCGGCAAAGUUCUUCCAGGCGCGAGAGUUCGCAUCUGCGCUCCUGGAACCGCGAGGGUUCUUCGACGUGGAGAGAUUGGCGAGCUGCAUGUUAGCGGACAGUCCGUGAUUGGGGGCUACUUUGCAGGCGAGAACAACAGCACGUUCCACUUCCACUACACCGGCCAAUGGUUUGAGACCGGCGACCAAGGCAAGAUUGACGAGGACGGAAUUGUGUACUUGUACGGCCGAUACAAGGAUCUGAUUAUUCGUGGAGGCGAGAACAUUCACCCUGCGAGGAUUGAGUCGGCGUUGGCAGAACUGGCAGGCGUGCAGAGCGAAGUCGUCGGAAUCUUGGACGACCUCGCUGGCCAGCUCGUUGUCGCAGUCGUCACACUCCCCAAGAACAUCACCAAGCUCAUGGUCAGCGAAAAGGCAAAGGAACUGGGUCCCAAAUACGUCAUCGAUCAUGUGUACACGCUGGAGGAGAUUGGAUUGGAGCAAUGGCCAGUCACUUCUAUUGGAAAGCCCAAGAAGAGGAUCUUGCAGGAGGCGGUCGUGGUGCUUCAUUUGAGCACGGGAAACAGCCAUCUGGACCCGCGGCUAGUACAGCAGUUUGAAGACGUUUGCAGCGCUUUGCAAACCACAUGGCAGGACCUGACGGGAUACACGCCUGGCAAGGAGGACAAUCUUGCCCAUAUUUCCGACAGCAUCACCCUGCUCCGGUACUGCGACGGUGCCCUGCGUGGAACUGGAAAGCGCCUGUACCUGCAAGACCUUGCUACACACGGCACCAUCGCGAAGCAGGCCGGGCUUCUCAUGCACAGAGAGUCGGAGUAUUCGACCGAAAAGCUAAGUACACACGGAAACAGCAGGAGUUACCAGCGCUUUCGAGCUGAAAGGAAGGAAGAAAUGUUGAGGAAUAAAACCACGCUGGUCAAGCCCCAGCACCAUGGUUCCAUGUCGGCAAGCGAGCUCUGGGACGUGGGAGGCAGACGUCUGCAGUCCCUGGGCUUCGACCAGUCCAAAGUCGAGGACAUCAUCCCGAUCCGAGACUGUCUGCAAUGUACGGUCGCAGGACAGCGCCCACAGUCCUUUCACGUCCGCGUCAACUUCCGCGUCUCUGGCGUGGCGCAGAGCAGAAUCCGUAAAGCGCUGGAAGAUGGUCUCAAGGAGCAUCCGAUCCUCAGAACCGUUGCCUGCACGCCGCCUCGCGGCCCAAUAUUCCACGUGGUCGUGGAAGCCCACGAAGAACUGUUCGCCCGCCAAAUUCAGGAGCAAAGUGCCAGUUGCGAGGAGCAGGGAAUGAUGAUGUGCUCUGACGACGCAGUGUCGACUCAUGCUCCGGACUUUAUGUUUGCGGCGACAAUCAUCUCGAUCCAGGACGCAAAUCAGUGUCUUGUCUCCAUGACGUAUAGCCACUCUGUCAUGGAUGCCAUGUUCCUGCUUCAGUGGCACAAGGACCUGGCAAACCUCAUCUCCGGAAAGGCGCAGACGCAGUCAACGAGGACUCCCUACGCCCUUUUCGCAGACCUGCAUAACACCUACCAAGACAGCGCUGCGGCCCAAAAGGGUGUCCAAUGCCACGCGCAGCGCCUCCGCGGAAUAUCUCGCCUCGAAUCAUCCCUCUGGCCGCACCCACGCGACCGGGUACCGGGUUGGAUGAUCUCCAACGACCAGGGCAGUCCCCACGCUCAAGCUCGCCAGGAGGCCCGAGAGCGUGCCUGGGCAUAUGGUGGAGGAUGGGAGGUGCACGAAAAGGAGUUUCGUUAUCCGCAUCUCAGUCGUCUUGUCAGCCUGCCCGACCUGGCCCUUUUGCGAGAAACUCACGGCAUCGAGGCGUCUGUCUUGGCUCGCUGCGCCUUGGUCCUCUUCACCCUCCAGAUGACGAACUUAUACAGGAACACACGCACUGCCGUAUACACCUCCUGGGAGGGCGGUCGAUCGUGGCCGUUUGUGCCCGACUGGAUGCAGGGCUGCCUUCCCCCUCCGAUGAGCGUGGACGGACCGACGGUGGAGCGUGUGCUCAACAUGGUCGAGGUGGACCAUAGCGACACUGUGGCCGAGUUCUUCGCGAAGAUGAAGGCCGACUACGAAGAGACGAUUCGGCACCAGCACGCCUCGUGGGGCGACAUCCUCAAGGAGCUGAAAGAGGAGGCCCCCUUUGCGGUAGACGCUGCAUUACGACAGUCUUUCGUGUGGGAUGUGAGCUUGGGAAUGUCUUUCUCGCUAAAGUAUCGCGAGGAAACGCGCGCGUCCGUUCUGGAGCCAGUGUCUCGACACGACUGGCCAGAUUUUGGGUUUUGUUGGAACAUGUUCAACGUCACCAACGACAGCAUCCUCUUCGUCGCAUCUUGGGACACUUCGCAUAUUGAAGCCCGUGAAGCGAACCGCUUCUGCGAUGACAUGGCCUCCAUGCUCCGGCGCUUGGCCGAUAAGGACCACUGGGACCACUAUCUCUUUGAUUUCUUCCUCCCUUGA